ACACUGGCACGACAUCUCGUCUUUUUUUGGACGACAUGUCAUCCAUUCGUGGACCCAUUCCUCUGCCAGUUAAUUCGAGUCUCUGUCCCUGCGUUCACAGGAUCCAAACCAUAACUUUGCAUCAGUGCACGUGGAACGUGUCCAGUGUAGUAGUUGUCGGUGACACUUGCUCGCUUUCUUCAACUCUCCUUUAUCACUAACCUCUGCAACACACCCACCACCGAUCCACACAAUCUCAGGUCGUAAUACCCCGUUUUGGACCAACCAUUUGGUCCAAAACGGACCUAAGCUAGUUUUUUGCAGCACCCAGAUGAUUUACUCAGCUAUGAAGCGCUUCAAUAAAAACACGGAUACUGACCCGGAAACCCACCCGGAUACUGAUAGCCGUAGUGACAACAAUGUCUUGAGAGAUCCGGAUAGUGAAUGCCGGUUCGAGUUGAAUUCGAUGAGGUUGAUGGGUAUUUUUUUGGUUAUUUUGAUGGCAGUGUCGGUUCUGUUCUCUGUGUCAAUGGUGCUUAGGGACCUACCCGUUGAUGGUGUUUGGGAACCUAAUGAAGCUAGAGUGUUUGAAGAGAAAUUACAGAAAGUCCCCAGUUCAGAAGAUGAUUCCUUUCAGUCUGAUGAUGUGCCAAAGGAAUUGCUAGAUGGCCUUCUUUCUGCUGAAUUUGACAAAAGAUCUUGUCUCAGCCGGUACCAGUCAGCAUCAUAUCACAAACCAUCAUCUCAGAAACCUUCUUCUUACCUCAUUUCCAGGUUACGAAGUUAUGAAGCUCUCCACAAAAGAUGUGGACCCUAUACUGAAUCCUAUAACAAAACCUUGGAAAACCUCAAGUCUGGCCAUCCUCCAGAAUCCUCAGAUUGUAACUAUCUAGUAUGGAUUUCUUUUAGCGGAUUAGGGAAUAGAAUAGUAACCCUUGCAUCAGCAUUUCUUUAUGCUCUCCUUACAAACAGGGUCCUACUUGUUGAUCCAGGAGUUGACAUGAUUGAUCUCUUCUGUGAACCAUUUCCGGAGGUCUCUUGGUUUCUCCCCUCAGAUUUUCCUAUCAAAAAACAGUUUGACCACUUUGAUCAAAAUUCUCCUCACUGCUAUGGGAGGAUGCUGAAAAACAAUUCUACUAAGUCAAAUGGCUUGAAGUUACCAUCUUUGGCAUAUCUUCAUCUUGUCCAUGAUUAUGAUGAUCAUGAUAAGCUUUUCUUUUGCAAUGAAGAUCAAAGUUUUCUUCAAAAAGUACCUUGGUUGAUCAUGAAAACUGAUAACUACUUCAUCCCAUCUCUCUUCUUGAUCCCAUCAUUUGAGCAAGAGCUGAGUAAUCUUUUCCCAAAGAAAGAUACAGUAUUCCACUUGUUGGGUCGGUAUCUUUUCCAUCCCACAAAUCCUGUCUGGGGACUUAUCACCAGAUACUAUCAUGCAUACUUAGCUAAGGCAGAUGAAAGAAUAGGCCUCCAAAUUCGAGUCUUUGACACUGUCGUUAGUCCAUUCCAACAUGUGUUGGAUCAGAUACUAGCUUGUACCUCAAAGGAGAAUCUGCUACCUGAAAUUGACAGGCAAAAAGCCAUCAUCCAUCCCGGAACUCAGAUGUCUAAAGCUGUUUUGAUAACAUCCUUAAGCUCUGGUUACCUUCAGAAACUAAGAGACAUGUACUGGGAACAUCCAACUGCAACAGGAGAAGUCAUCAGCUUUUACCAACCAAGUCAUGAAGAAUUUCAACAAACUGAAAAGCAUACACACAACCGGAAGGCUUGGGCAGAAAUGUAUCUGCUGAGUUUGACUGAUGUGUUGGUCACAAGCUCAUGGUCGACGUUUGGGUAUGUGGCUCAAGGUCUCGGAGGAUUGAAGUCAUGGAUACUCGAUAAGCCAGAGAAUAAGACUGUUCCCAAUCCACCUUGUCGCAGAGUGAUGUCAAUGGAGCCUUGUUUUCAUGCACCUCCCUUUUAUGAUUGCAAGGCUAAGAGAGGUAUUGACACGGGUUCAGUAGUUCCUCAUGUGAGGCACUGUGAGGACAUGAGUUGGGGUCUUAAGCUAGUUGAUCUUGAGAAGGAGUUGUAAGUUGUAAACCAGAUAAAGUCUAUUGCAACUGUCCUAGUUGAAGUUGCAAUUCUUUGGAUGUACUAUAGAAUCAGCAAUUUCAUUAAAAUAUAUCUUAAUUAUUUUGUUACUUAAU